UUUGUUCUUCGGGAUGUUUGAUAAUGGUAUUAUUUGGUUUUUUUUUAGCACUAAAAUUCCAGACAAGGGCGUACAAUUUUUUUCUUCCCAUGUUCAUUUAAUAAUGCACCACAAUCAUUUACUUAAAACAAUGAAAAUCACCAAUCAAAACUUUUACUUUAAAACAUAAAAAUGCUGCACUGUUUAUGUUACUUGCCGAAUAACGACGCGUGCGUACUUGUCUGUUCUCGUUGAAAUCCUUAAAGCGCAUGCGCAAGAAUCACGUGAUGUAAAUAACGUUGGUCGUUGGGCUUUUCCCAUUCUACUAUAUCGACCAAGAUCUACCACAGCCACCAUAGCAUAUAUCGCCAUCUUGAAUAUACAUUUAGCGCUACCUUCGAUAUUCUAGCGACGCUGUAUUGUAUACUAAUUUUUUGCUAUUUUGACUAAUUUGCACAGUUCAAUAGUUUAUUAUUAUUUUGAUACAUUUUAAUUUGAUAAAAUGAAAAUCCAUUGAAAAAAUUUACUGUGUAUGUGAAUGAUACUAAUUACAUAUGUGUAAAAUAAGAAGUGCAUAGAGUACAUUUGAAUCAAACAUUUUUAAUGAAAGUUGGAGUUUAAAAGUGUUUUUUAAUUAUUAAGUUAAUUAAAAAAAUUGAAUGUGAAGUCACGAAAGCCUAUGAGUGAUCUUGGACCACGACAAUAUCGUAACCGUUUAAAUCAGUUGUUUCCAAGGAAUGACAAUGAUGAUCUCGAAGCAAUAAAUGCUCCGAAUGAAGGUUUACCAGAACCAUCAUCAGAUACUUUAACGAAUAAUGAAGACCAAAACAGACAUUUCAACAUGGUAUUUUCAAGUGAUCCAGCACCAGAACUUGAAGCAGAAAAUAUAAUGGAGAUGCUCUUAAACGAUCAUAAUGUCAAUGAUCAUGUUCUGGUUGGUGAGUUGUUGGACAUCCAUGGAGAUGAGUUGAUCAACGAAGAUGUUGAAGAAGGUGGCAUUCUUUUUGAAGUGCCACUUAAAUCAAAUAAUGAAUCCAGCGAUGAAGAUGGAAUUAAAGAAGAACAAGCACGUCGAAAUUUUAAUUUAAAUGAAAACAUGCCUCUGUACCUAGGAGCUGAUAUCACAGUAAAAGAAAGUAUGCUAUCCAUCUUAUCAUUAUUUUUGAAACACAAUUUACCAAUGACUACUAUAGAAGACAUAAUUGCUAUCAUAGGAAUGCAUUGCUUAAAAUCUGGAUUAAUUAGAAAUAGUGUGUAUAAAUUUCAGAAAUUUUUUAAUUUAACGGAAUGUAAUUAUAAAAAACAUUAUUACUGUUCUUUUUGUCAAAAACAAUUGAAAAAUGAAAAUCAGGAAUGUGAUAGUUGCCAUACUCAGAAAACAUCGCAUUUUAUUGAGAUACCAAUAAUUCGUCAUAUGCAAACCAUGUUUGCCAGGCAAAAUUUUUUCGAGAGUUUACAAAUGAGAUUUGAAAGACGAAACGGAAACAAUUUAAUUUGCGAUAUUUAUGACGGUAAAUUAUAUAAAGAUGCUUAUGAUAGCGGUUUUCUAUCAAAUCGCAACAAUAUAUCUUUUACCUGGUAUACAGACGGCAUUCCAGUUUUCAAAUCAUCCAAAAUCAGUGCAUGGCCUAUAUAUUUAACUAUAAAUGAGUUACCAUUCGAAGAACGAAAAAAAAGAUAUAACACAUUGAUUUUAGGACUUUGGUUUGGUGAAAUUUCAAUCAAUUUAUAUAUAGUUUUCGAAAAGUUUUUGAAAAAAUUUUAUCUGGGAUCAAAGUUGAACUUCCCAAUAGAAAUAAAAUUACUGUGAAAAAUGUUUUAUUAAUGGGAGUAUGCGACUUAUCCGCAAAGAGUAAGUGUUUAAAUUUUAAGCAAUAUAAUGGCGAAUAUGGAUGCCCUGUUUGCUUCUUCCCUGGAGUAUCCAUUCAAACUGGACCAAGAUCUUUUUAUCAGAUCUUCCCUUACACUAAUCGAUUUGAGAUACGAACAUUAGAACGAUGUAUAGCCUUAGCAGGAAUGGCUACACUUAAUAAUCCGCAAUUUGGAGUCAAAGGGCACACAGCGUUUUCGCGGAUUAUGCCUGAUUUCUUACGUAGUGUACACAUAGACAGAAUGCAUGCUAUUGAUAGCGGCGUUGUCAAGAAAAUUUUACUCUUACUCUUUGAGAGUGAUUUCAAAUCUUAUCCAUUUUCUUUGCACAACAGUAUCGAAAUGGUUAAUUAUCGUUUAAAGAAAAUAAAGCCACCGAAAUUUAUACAUCGUAUGCCUCGUACCGUUAAUGACAUCAUUCAUUGGAAAGCAUCCGAGUUCAGGCACUUUUUUUCUACUAUUCACUACCAAUAUUUGAUGGUAUCAUGAAACAAGAAUAUUAUGAUCACUAUUUGCGACUGUUUAUAGCUGUUUCAAUCCUGAGUUCGGAUAAAAUUUCUUAUGCCAUGAUCGAUGUAGCUGAAGAUUUAUUAAACAGAUUUGUACGCGAAUUUCAAGAUUUAUAUAAUGUCAAAUACUGUUCAAUGAAUAUCCAUUUAUUAUUACAUUUGGCUAAUUCUGUACGGGAACAUGGACCUCUUUUAACAAUGAUAAAAGAUAUUGAAAGUAUUAAUAAUGAUGAUGUUCGUAAUUUUUGUUUAAAUAAAAAAAAAAACAGGUAAGAGUACUAGAAGAGAUUUUUAAUGGUGGAUAUAGUGUAGGUAAAUAUAAAUUAUUAGACGAUAUACCCGACUUAAUUUUAAAUGCAUUAAACCACAGCGGAAUUGAGGUUAAUAAUGUACAUAUAUGGGAAUUUCUGAGACUUUUAAAAGAUAAUCGUUUAUAUGUUGCUAAAAAAUACUCUUCGUCUGUACAAACAAUUAGUUACGCUAUAAAAUUCGUUGAAAAUGAUGAAAUAAAAAUGGGUUUUAUUCAUUCAUUUAUAAAAUAUUUUUAUUGCAAGUGUAAUAAUAACGAAUGUUAUUGUAAUUCUCAAUAUUAUGCAAUCAUAUACGUGGAGAUCAAUGAUCGAAUAUUUUUUGCAUCCCCUGUCAAAACCAAAAAAGUAGAAUAGUAAAGAUUUAAAUUAUUAUCAGAAUCUUAUUUGUAAAUUCCGCAAAAUAUAACUUACUUUUAGAUAUUGUAUGUAUUAUUGAAUUUUUCUGUAUGUAACUAAUAUUGUCCAAUGUAACUAAAAAUAUACGGUUAACAGUGUAUUGAAACAAUAGUAAUAAUAGAAAUAAAACUAAUUAAACAUCAUAUGUAUGAUUUGAAACUUUAAUUCCCUUGGUAGAUUAAAUAACCUAAGAAUUUUCUGUCAGGAGGUUCAGUAGCAAAAAUAAAUUUUUUCAGUGGGUUCAGUGGCAAAAAACAUUUCUGUCAGGAGGUUCAGCGGCAAAAAUAAAUUUUUUCAGCGGGUUCAGUGGGAAAAUAUAGAUUUUAAGGGGGUUCAGCGGCAAAAUAAGAGUAAAAUUCUGACUCGGGUAAUUUUUAUGACUCAAAUAAGUUUUGGAGUCCAGCAUUUCUUUUAGAAAUUCAAUUACAUCUUCAAAGCUUAAUUUUUCUAUAUA